AUGGUAAAGAUAAGUGAAAUAAAUAGAACUUCAACUUUUGCUUGGAGUCUGGAUAGUCUUCCAUUAUUAGUAACUGGAACUGUUGCAGGUACUGUUGAUAUAGAUUUUAGUUCUUCAGCAACUUUAGAAUUAUGGGAUAUUUUUUCACCAACAAAUAAUGAUAAACCCAUUUUUACUUCAUCAGUUGAAAAUAGAUUUAAUGCAUUAGCAUGGUCAAAACCUUUUGAAGGUAAAUCAAAGGGAAUAAUAGCUGGUGCAUUUGAAAAUGGAGAUAUUGAAUUUUGGGAUGCUGAAAUUUUAAUUAAAACUAAAGAUCUUUCAAAAGCUUCUAUACAUAAAGCUGAAAAAUCAAAGGGAGUUAUUAAAUCAUUACAAUUUAAUCCUAUACAACCUCAUAUUUUGGUUACUGGUGGUACAAAUGGUUCAAUUCUUAUAUGGGAUACUAAAACUUUUAAAGAACCUUUUGGACCUGGUCAAGCAAUGACUCCAAUGGAUGAAGUAAGUUGUGUUUCAUGGAAUAAUUCAGUUAGUCAUAUUUUUGCAAGUACUGGUAAUAGUGGUUAUACAUCAAUUUGGGAUUUGAAAAGUAAAAAAGAAGUUUUACAUUUAUCAUAUAAUGGACCAUCAGGUAGAGCUAAUUUUUCUCAUGUUGCAUGGCAUCCAACAAAAUCUACUCAAUUAGUAACAUCAAGUGAUAAUGAUUCAUGUCCAUUAAUUUUAACUUGGGAUUUAAGAAAUUCGAAUGCACCAGAAAAAGUUCUAGAAGGUCAUAAAAAGGGAGUUUUAUCAUUGGAUUGGUGUAAACAAGAUCCAGAUUUAUUGAUUUCAAGUGGUAAGGAUAAUUCAACUUUAUUAUGGAAUCCAAUUGAAGGUAAAAAAUUAGGUGAAUAUCCAACUACUGCUAAUUGGGCUUUUAAAACGAGAUUUGCUCCAUCAGCUCCAGAUAUUUUUGCGACUGCUUCAUUUGAUGGUAAAAUAAUAAUUCAAACUAUACAAGAUACUUCACCACCUGUAUCCACAAAAGUUGCUGCAUCUAAUGAUGAUAAUGAAUUUUGGAGUGAAUUAUCAGUUACUGAAACUCAACAACCAGUAUUUGAAACAAGACAAGCUCCAGCUUGGUUAAAAACCCCAAUAAGCGCAUCAUUUGGUUUUGGAUCAAAAUUAGUUAUUGUAAAAAAUAGUCCAAAAUCAGUUGUUACUGUUGAAAAAUUUUUAGUUAAAGGUCAUGAAAAAUCAGAUAAAAUAUUUAAAGAUUUGAAAAAUGAAGAUUAUGAAUCCAUUAUAGACACUCAUUUGAAAGAUGACAUUGUUAAUGACCUUGAUAAAGCCGAUUGGGAAGUUUUAAAAAAUUUCUCAAAACACGGUAAAAAAGAUUUAUUCAAUGAGCAAGAACCAGAAGAAAAAGACAAUAAGAAAAAUGUCCAUAAUAACGAUGAUGAAGAGAAGAAAGACGGUGAGAAAAUUGAAGUUGAAGAAGAUGAUUUCUUUUCUCAUCUUGGAAAUGGUAAAGCAACUACCAGCAAAACGUUUGUACCUUCAGGAGAUUUCACCAUAUAUAAAUCAAGUUCUUCAGAUAUUGAUAAAAAAUUGAUAAACUUAAUAUUGAAAAAUAAAAUAGAAGAUGCUGUUGAAUCAAGUUUGAGUCAAGAUAAAUUAAUUGAUGCAUUGGUUUUGGCUUUAGAUGCAUCAGCUUCUGUUAAAGAGAAUGUUAAAAAUGCAUAUUUUGAAAAAUAUAAAACUAACAGUUUAUCAAGAGUCAUUUAUAAUGUUUCAUCUAAGAAUGUUACAGAUCUUGUUGCUCAUGCGAAUGUUGAUAACUUUAAAGAAAUUGCAAUUGGUAUAACUUCUUUUACUACAGACACAGAUGAGUACAAUAAAAAGAUGUCAGAACUAGGUGAUAGACUUUUGGAAGCUGACAAAAAGAAUAGGGAUAAUGCUAUAACCUGUUAUUUGGCUGGUUCUGCUUUGGAUAAAAUUGCUAACCUUUGGCUACAAGAAUUACCUGAUUUAGAAUCAGACUUGUUAAAAUCUGAUACAAAGGAUAUUUCAACUCCAUCUGAAGCUCGUUUACAAGCAUUAACAAAUUUUGUUGAGAAAAUUGCAACAUAUAGACAUUAUUCUAAAACUGAAGGUAUUAUUUCUGGACCAUUAGUAGAACCAAUUUCAAAAGCUAUAUUGGAAUUUGUUAAUCUUGUUGCAGGUACUGGUGAAUUUGAUUUAGCUGAUAAAUUUUUACAAUUAUUGCCAAGUGAAUUUGCAGGUGUUGAAAAAGAAAGAAUUUUGAAAGCUACUGGUAAAGACGUUGCUAACACUUCUGUUAAACCAAAAGUUGAACCAAAGCCAUUACCAAAAAAUUUACCUAAAAAAUCUGCAUAUUCAAAUGUUUCAAAUCCAAUUACACCUCAAUCUCAAUAUCAACCACCACAGCAACAACCACAACAUUCUCAAUAUCAACCACAACAUCCACAACAACAAUACAAUAAACCAUCGUCAAUACCACAAAUUCCUCCAAUUUCUCAACAACCACCAAUUUCUCAACCAAUAAAUAAUUAUGCAACUUCCGCUCCAAAAUCUAAUCCUUAUGCUAGAGCAAAUCCUUAUGCUCCAUCAAAUAUUUAUAAAGCUACAACACCAACUGGGGCUCCACAAGCUCAAGCAAAUACUGGUAUUCCACCUCCACCACCACCAUCUGGAGGAUCUAGAUCUAAACAAGAAACUGAAGGUUGGAAUGAUUUACCAGACUCUUUUAAAUCAAAAGCUAGUGCGCCACGUCGUCCUGCUGCUUCAGCUGCCGCUACAGCAACUACACCAUCUCCUGGUCCAUUAACCUCUCAACCAAGUCAAUCAAGCGUUAAUUCUUUUGGACCACUCAAACGAACAGUUUCAACUAAUAAUGUUCCACCACCUCCGCCAAAAAGUGCAAGUCGUACAGUUUUAAAAUCAACAGUUCCAACCCAACCUAUUUCAUCACCAAAACCUCAACAUUCAAAUAAAUAUGCCCCACCACCAGGUGUUGAAUCAGCUAUCUCAACUCCAGGUUUCACUGCUCCUUCAACUGCAAAUGCAUCACCUCGUGCAGCUAAAAAGAACCCAUAUGCCCCAACAACUGAAAACAUUCCAUCAAAAAUUACUUAUGCAUCACCACCAGCUCAACAAUUUUCAAAUGGUCCUCCAGCUCAUAUAAGUUUACCACCAAAAAAUCCUUAUGCUCCACCACCUUCUUCAAAUUUAACUCCAAGUAAAGGAAUUGCAUUACCAGAUAAGAAUUUCGGUUCAGCUCCACCACCUCAACAACCUUUUGGAACUACAAUGGCAACUCCAAUUCAACCUCCAUUCAGUGGAAUCCCUCCACCACCACCAACUGGUUCAAUUAUCAAAAAUCAGCCACCAGCUAAAUCUACAACAGCCCCACCGCCACAACCACCACCACAACAUCAACAGCAAGAGCCAGAACCAGAAGAGAUAAAACAUCCUAAAGGUGAUAGAUCUCAUAUUUCAGAGGAUUCAUUACCAAUCUACCAAUCAUUAAGUAAAGUUGCAGAGACUAUAAAACCAAGCAUUCCAGAGAAAUAUGCAAGACAUGGAGCAGAUAUGGAACAAAGAUUAAAUAUAUUAUUUGAUCAUUUAAAUAAUGAAGAAAUCAGUAAAUCAUUAAUAGAAUCAUUAAAACAAUUAAGUUCAAAUUUAGAACAAAAACAAUUUGAUCAAGCAAAAGCUAUUAAUGUUGAAAUUGCAACAAAUUUUAGUGAUGAAUUAGGUAAUUGGCAUACAGGACUUAAACGUUUAAUUACAAUGGCAGAGGCAAUGUAUUAA